UUCACCACGAUGCAGAAAAACAGCACAAAAUUCAAAGAGUUCAUCCUGCUGGGAUUCCCAUCUAUCAUGGAGCUUCAGGUGUUGUUCUUUCUGAUAUUCCUGGUGGUUUACAUCUUCACCAUCUUGGAAAACCUACUGAUCAUCAUCCUGAUCAAAACAAACCAUCACCUUCACAAGCCUAUGUACUUCUUCCUCUGCAACCUCUCCUUCCUGGAGGCUUGGUACAUAUCAGUCACCGUCCCCAAACUCUUAGGGAAUUUUCUCCUGGGAAGCCAAAACAUCUCUUUUGGAGGCUGUAUGACCCAGCUUUACUUCUUUAGCUCCCUGAUUUCUUCUGAGUGCAUCCUCCUUGCAGCCAUGGCUUACGAUCGCUACGUCGCCAUCUGCAUCCCCCUGCGCUACCCAGAAAUCAUGAACCCCAGGACCUGCCUCUACCUCGCCACCUUCUCCUGGCUCUCUGGCUUCUUGGCCUCCCUGCUGAAGGUAUUUUUCAUUUCCCAGCUGUCUUUUUGUGGCUCCAACCUCAUCAACCACUUCUUCUGUGACAUCAGCCCCUUGCUCAACCUCUCCUGCGCCGACGUGGCGGUGGCCGAAAGGGUGGAUUUCAUCCUGGCCUUGAGCAUCCUGCUCUUUCCCCUCUCUGUCACCACCAUCUCUUAUCUGUGCAUUAUCAACACCAUUUUACACAUUCCCACAUCCCAGGGCAGGAAGAAAGCUGCUUCCACCUGUGUUUCUCACCUCACCGUGGUCACUAUUUUCUUCUCAGCUACUCUGUUCAUGUACGCCCGGCCCAAGAGAAUCCACCCCUAUAAUCUGAAUAAAUUGGUGUCAGUCGUGUACACCACAGUAACUCCCAUGCUCAACCCCUUCAUUUACUGCCUGAGGAACCAGGAGGUUCGAGAAGCUUGGAAAAAAACUUUCAGCAGGACAAAAGCUGCCCCCAAGGUCCCUCUGUCCAUCGCUCUUCACCUUUAG